AUGCGAGGUCAAUUUAAUGGGUUAAAAGCACAUAUAUUGAAAGAUAAUGAAUAUGGCUUUUAUGUUCAUUGUUUUGCUCACCAACUUCAACUAGCACUUGUAGCUGUGGCAAAAAAGGAUACAAAUAUUGAGAGACUUUUUUUGAAAGUUUCUUGUGUGAUAAAUAUUGUUGGAUGGUCACCUAGAUGUCGGGAUCUUCUUAAUGAGAAACAAGCUUUGAAGGUGAAAAAAACUAUUGAAAGUGAUGAGCUUUCAAUAGGGCAAGGCCUUAAUCAAGAUACUAGUCUUAAGUGGCCAAGGGAAACACGACAGGGUUCACAUUAUGGGACUUUAUUGAGCUUGAUUAAUUUGUUUUCAUCUGUUAUUGAAGUGCUCAAGGAUCUUACUGAAAAUUCUGAUAAUAGAUUUGAAGUAAUUGAUUUGGUCGAUUAUAUGACUUCUUUUGAUUUUGCUUUUAACAAAAACAUUUUGGGAAUCACAUUUGAACUUUUACAAGCAUUGCAAAGGAAGGAUCAAGAUAUUGUAAAUGCUAUGUCUUUGGUUCACAUGUUGAAAACAAGAUUAUUGUUGAUAAGAAAUAAUGGAUGGGAUAAUCUACUUGAUGAAGUUUCUCAUUUUUGCAUUGCUCAUAAUAUAAAUGUGCCAAAUAUGGAAGAGAAAUUUGUUGCACAAGGGAGAUCGCAACGUAAUGUUCAAGAGAUGACAAAUUUAUUUCAUUAUCAUGUCGAGUUGUUCUAUGCCAUAAUAGGUUUGCAACAAUCAGAACUUAACAGUCAUUUUAAUAAAGUUGAACUUCAACUUGAUAAUUACAUUGAUGAUAUGUGCUCGGAUAGUGAUUUUUCAAAACUAAACGAUAUUACCAAUCUUGCUCAGAAAAUGGUUGAAAGAAGAAGCAUCUUAUUUACUUAUUGGUAUAUUUGCUCAUCACAUUGGCGUUAA